AUGUCUUCAAUAUCUGGCCAGCAAGAUUUCGACAACGUCGCCAAAGACAACCUCUCUCAUGCUGUGAACGUGGAAGAAAGUAUGGGUCGAAGCCUGGGCAUCUCUCGCGCCAAACUGUUGCGCAAGAUUGAUCUCAUUUUGAUGCCGAUGAUGUUGCUUACGUACGGGAUGCAAUAUUUGGACAAGGCGGUACUUGGGUUUGCUGCAGUGUAUACCCUUCAGAAGGACAAUCACCUUAUCGGGCAAGACUACAGCUGGGUAAACAGUGUGUUUUAUUUCGGUUAUCUAGGAUUUCAAUACCCACUGCUGGCUCUCGUUCCGAAAUUUCGCAUUGAGAGGUAUCUCGGCUUUGUGAUUGCAGCAUGGGGAUUGACCUUGAUGAUGACCAACUUUAGCCACAGCUUCGCCGGCUUAGUGAUUGCUCGCAUUAUUAUGGGUGCCUUGGAAUCCAUAGUGGCACCUUCGUUUCUGAUCAUUGUUUCCCAAUGGUAUACACGAGAUGAACAGCCUAUCCGCCAAAGCGUUUGGUUCUGCGGAACUCCAUUGUUUGCCAUCUUCGGGGGGUUGAUUGGCUAUGCAGUUGGACAUACCAAUAGUCUAUCCAUAGCCUCGUGGAGAGUCAUGUUCUUGAUAUUUGGUGGCGUCACUUUCGUCUGGGGUGUGAUCUUUGCUUUCAUCUUUCCCGGAGAUCCUGAUCACGCGCGCUUCUUUACUCCGAGCGAACGGGAGGCAUUAUCUCUAACGGUCAAAUCACAAGCCACAGGCGGCAAAGGGCCAUGGAAAUGGUCACAGGCAAAAGAGGCAAUGAUGGACCCGAAAACUUAUGUCUUCUUUACUAUUGGUCUUUGCAACACGAUCCCCGCAGGUGCUCUAUCUGGAUUUUCGAGUCUCAUUAUCAAGAACCUGGGAUUCAGCGCGGUUGAUACACAAUUGAUUGGCAUCCCUGCCAAUGUCAUUCAGCUAGCGUCUUUGAUAUUUGCCGGUAUUAUGUGUACCAAGAUUCCCAAUUUGCGGCUGUAUGCUAUGUCCCUCUGUUGCAUCCCUUCAAUCAUCGGCACUGUACUGCUUCACACAUUACCAAGCCAUGCUAAGUGGGGAAGGGUUGUUUCCCUUUGGAUCAUUUAUACCAAUUCUGUUGGUUUGUCGGUUUCAUUUGCUGUUAUUGGAGGGAACGUUACUGGAGCAACAAAGAAGGCCACUGUAACGUUCCUCCUCUUUCUAGGAUACUGCGCAGGAAGUAUUGCUGCGCCGCAGCUUUUUAUAGCAUCCGAACAGUCAAGAGGAUACCCUACAGGCAUCAAGGCUAUGCUAGGUUGUUUUUGUGUUCUAUUCAUCAUGCCCUUUAUCCUUCGGGGCCUCUACACCUGGGAGAACAAGCGGAGAGACCGGGCAGCAAUGGAAGGAGAGGUUCAGCCAGAUGCCACUCACUUUGAAGAUGCUACUGAUAUUCAGAUGAGAAGCUUCCGUUAUGUUCUGUAA